AUGGAGUGGUUAUUCGGGCACCGUAUGACUCCGGAAGAGAUGCUGCGUAAGAAUCAGCGCGCUCUUAACAAAGCGAUGCGUGAUCUCGAUCGAGAACGCUUAAAGAUGGAGCAACAGGAAAAGAAAGUUAUAGCAGACAUUAAGAAGCUUGCUAAGGAAGGCCAAAUGGAUGCUGUCAAAAUAAUGGCAAAAGAUCUGGUGCGGACGCGUCGUUAUGUUCGUAAGUUUAUGAUAAUGAAAGCCAAUAUUCAAGCUGUUUCAUUAAAAAUUCAAACCCUCAAAUCUCAGAGCAGCAUGGCUCAAGCAAUGCGUGGAGUGACAAAAGCCAUGGCCACAAUGAACAGGCAGCUUAAUGUACCGCAGAUACAGAGAAUUUUGCAGGAAUUUGAGAAACAAUCAGAGAUUAUGGAUAUGAAAGAAGAGAUGAUGAAUGACUCCAUUGACGAGGCUAUGGAGGGGGAUGAUGAUGAAGAGGAAAGUGAUGCAGUAGUGUCACAGAUCUUAGAUGAACUUGGGCUGCAACUUAAUGACCAGCUCUCGGGUCUGCCUCAGGCUACAGGUCCAUUAGCUGUUUCUGCAAAAGCAGCAACGAGUCCGACUGCAGCGGUCGCGGGAGCGGGUGGGGGCGGUUCGGGUGCCGCUCUCAGCGAUGCAGACGCAGAGCUACAAGCGCGUCUUGAUAAUCUCCGUAGGGAGUAA